UUUUUUUUUCAUUCCCUCUCUUUUUUCCUUUUUUUUUCUUACUUGUUUCCUACCCUUUCCCUUCUUUUUUAUAUUUUUGAAUUGCACAGUCGAGGACAAUGAAGUUGAUUCAUCUUUCGCUGACGGCCGGCUUGUUACUGCAAGCAGGCACAUUUGUCCAGGCCAGUCCUUUGUUUACCGGCGACGGUCAUUGGAACGAUGUCGCCAACAAUGAUCCUUGUCAAGACUUCCGCAUUACGUUUCCUGCAAACUCGGGUCUCAGCUUCGAAGAAGACACCAAACACCUCGUAGCAUGGCAAGCACCUUCGAGCUUAGAAAACGUCGAUAUCACACUUGUUGAUUCAAACAACAAUAAUGUCGUUGGCCAUAUUGGUUCUUAUGGCGCCAAGCGAGGUGUGUCCGACGAAGUGCCGCUGACCUUGAAUGGUGGACAACCAGGCAAUUACCGUUUCCAUCUUCAAGCUAAAAGCUCCAAUGGCGCUACGUGCGAUCUCGAUUCCGUUGCGUUCCAGAUUACUCAAAGCAGUGACAACGAGAGUCACAGCAAUGGCGACGGACAGAACUGGUCCGCGGCAUUGAACAAUGUCAGUGGCGAGGCGGCUAAAUCCAUCUCAAGUGAGCCCGAACACUACAAUGCAGAGUAUUUCACCAACGAAGACCGUCGUACGGGGGCUCACUCGGACAACCACUUGAAUGCCAAUCUCAAACAAGAGAUAGAUCAGCUCGGUGAAUCCACGCAUCCCAACGCGGCAUGGUUCACCAACGAUGACCAACGUACCGGUCACACCAAUGAGCACAACGACAUGCCUCACUGGAAUGCCGAAGAUCUGAGUUGGUUCACCAACGAGGAUCAUCGCACCACACCCGAUCACGCCAAUGCUGAAUGGGUCGAAGACGCCAUUGAAGAACCUCAACACAACGAUGCCGAAGGCUGGGAAGUCGAAGAAUUCGAACAUGCCAACAACGAAUGGGUAGAUGAAAGUGUCAACGUCCCGGACCACACCAACGAAGGGUUCUGGGAAAGCGAAGAAGCCGACACGGCUGGUUCCGAUGAUGCUCAUUUUAACGAUGCUGUCGAUUUUGAAGAAGAGGAAGAUGACACGUUGCCCGAGGAUUAUGUGGUCCCUGAUCACUCCAACGAAGGACACUGGGAUGCCGAGGAAAUUGACGUGGCCAGUGAAAUUGCCAACGAUUCUCAAGCAAACGAUGACGAUCUUCACUUGAACGAAUGGGUGGAAGACUUCGCUUCGAUUCCCGAUCAUUCCAACGAUGGCGAAUGGGAAGAAGACCAAGUCGAUGCUCACUUUGACGGUGACUGGCACCAAGAGGAAAUCGACGACCAUGAAAACGAAUGGACACCUUCCGGCCCAGCCGGUUCUCACGACAAUGCGUCAGAAUGGCAAGCGGUUGAAGAUGAUGACAACGUGGACGCUGUGACCCAUGGCAACGAAUGGCAAGGCGAUGAUGAAGGUAUCAUCGUACCUGUGGAUCAUGAAAAUGAUUCAGAAUGGAUCGACGUUGCUGACGCCACCGUCAAUCACGACAACGAUGUGACCACUUGGGUGGAGGAUGUUCCCGCCCAUCGUAACGAUGGUCAAGCAAGCACCGGUUAUGUACGUAACAGCGAACAUAACAACAACUGGCAGACGGACACCCCGCCCUCCGUGCAUACAGCGGAAAACUAUGUUGCCAACUGGUAAAAAAAACCAAAAAAAAGAUGAAAUGAAAGACUCUUCGAUGCUUGCAAUUUCCGGUCCCUGCGUACCGGCGGUUAUGUUUUCUCGGAAGGUUAUCAUCAUAACAUACCAUAGGCUGAGCCAAUCGACGAUGGGCCAGUAAAAAUUGAAAUAAAGUAAAUAAAUA